AAUGAUCAAAAUUGAAGGCUACAUAAAUCAGACGGUAAUUAAAUAAUAGUGCGCCACUAUGUGAAAGAAAACGUUAAUAGUUCUGCCAAAAUUUUAUUCAAAUAGAAUCGUUCAUUUGUGAUUUAGUUUUAGAAGUAAUUAUUUUUGGAGAAUUUACUUGCUGGAUAAAUUGGAUUGCACAAAUGCUGGAUAAAAUCUACAUGAGGGAAUAGCAAAUCAAUAAAAAUGGAUGAAGAACCGAUUUCAAGAAGAAGUUUUUUAGAUGAGCUCAGAGAUUUAAAUGAAAAUGAAAGUAGUGACUUGGAAGCGGAUGAAGGUGAUUUAGAAAGAAGAGAUGUUGUAGAAGAACUGGAAAAUGAUGCGGUUGAAGAGGAUAACAACGAAGAGGGCAUGGAAGUUCAAGAAGUUCAAGAAAACGUAUUUUUACAACAAGAAAUAGACAAUGAAGAAAUAAUUCAGCAGGAAAUAGACAAUGAAGAAAUAAUUCAGCAGGAAAUCGACAAUGAAGAAAUAAUUCAGCAGGAAAUAAACAAUGAAGAAAUAAUUCAGCAAGGAAUAGGUAACGAAGAAAUAAUUCAUCAGGAUAUAAAUUACCAUAAUGUAGAAGCAGAAGAGCAGCGUCUAAAUGACCUUAUACAGCAAGAAUUAGAUAAUGACGAAUAUAUUCGAGAUGAGGAGUCGUCAGAAGAUGAGUCGUCAGAAGGAGAGGAGGAAAUUCCAGGAGAAGAUGCAGAUGAAGAAAAUGCAAGACCAGAUCGCCCAAUGUUUCAAGGGUUUGGUAAUUUGCUAGGUAUGCGAGUUCCAUUACGUUCUUCCAGACAUUUUAUGUCAAUAGAUCUUUUAUUAAUAGCCUUAGCACAAUCAGUCCGAUAUAAAGGUACUUACAAACAACUUUUGUCACUAUUAAAGUUGUUUAAAAAAUCAUAUAUGCAUAUAAAUAUACCAACCACAAAAAAAGCACUUUGGAAAAUCCUUGGGCGGAAUGAUUCAAACUUGAUUUUCCAAUUGUAUUGUGAAAAAUGCAACGAAUUAAUUGGGAACGGGAAAAAAGUUCAAAGAGCAUGUUCUUGCGGUGCUUGCGGUCCUAAUGUUCAUGAUACUCAUGUUGCAACUUUUGUACAAGUACUUCUGACUCCCCAGUUAAAAGAAAUUUUUAAUUCUCCAAAACUACUCAACGCAUUACGUUAUAAGGAAAUAAGAAGAAAAAUUAACCAUAAUGCAAUUGAGGAUAUUUUUAAUGGAAUCAAAUAUGAAGAAAUGUGUGAAGCUGGUAACUUUUUAUCAGAUCCUAAUAAUUUUACCCUUACAUUGUGGAUUGAUGGGGCAAAAGUAGCCAAAUCAUCUAAUGCUCAAAUGUACCCAGUUCUUCUGCAACUUCACGAGUUCUCGCCACACGCUAGAAAAAAAAUACACUCCUUGCAGGCUUGUAGAUUGGAAAAGAGAAGCCGGUUACGCCAAUUUUACUGCAAUCAAUUAUUAGAGAAAUACAACAAUUAUUCGACGAUGGAAUAA